GCCCCGCCCCUCGGUCUCCGGGAGGCGGCAACCGCUUCUCUUCCCGGUUGUUGGAGACUGCUUCACCUCGGUUCUCGGUAACUAUGGGGGACCCCAGCAAGCAGGACAUCCUGGCCAUCUUCAAGCGCCUGCGCUCGGUGCCCACUAACAAGGUGUGUUUUGACUGUGGUGCCAAAAAUCCCAGCUGGGCGAGCAUAAGCUAUGGGGUGUUUCUCUGCAUUGACUGCUCCGGAUCACACCGGUCGCUUGGGGUCCACUUGAGUUUUAUUCGGUCCACAGAGCUGGAUUCUAACUGGUCCUGGUUCCAGCUUCGAUGCAUGCAAGUUGGCGGGAACGCAAAUGCUUCUUCCUUCUUCCACCAGCAUGGGUGUGCCACCAAGGACACCAACGCCAAGUACAACAGCCGUGCGGCUCAGCUCUACAGGGAGAAAAUCAAGACUCUGGCCACCCAGGCCACCCGCAGGCACGGCACCGAUCUGUGGCUGGACAGCUGUGCAGCUCCUCCCGUGUCCCCUCCUCCAAAGGAGGAGGACUUUUUUGCCUCUCACGCCUCUCUGGAGGUCAGUGGUGCUACGCAGGCAUCUGCACAGCCAGAGCCAGCCUCGUCAACACCGUGGGGCUUGGAAACUACUUCAGAAAAACACGAAGGUGGGCCGGGACAAGGGCCAAGUGUGGAAGGUCUGAACACCCCUGGGAAGACUGCACCUGCAGAGGUUUCAUCCAUUAUAAAAAAGAAGCCAAAUCAAGCAAAAAAAGGACUUGGAGCCAAAAAAGGAAGCUUGGGAGCCCAGAAACUGACGAAUACAUCCUUCACUGAGAUCGAAAAGCAAGCUCAGGCUGUGGAUAAGAGGAAGGAGCAAGAAGACCUGGCCAGGGGCACCCCGAAGGAAGAGUCCAUUGUUUCAUCGUUGCGAUUGGCCUACAAGGAUCUGGAAAUUCACAAGAAGCAAGAUGAAAGACUGAACCUGAGUGGCCAGAAGAAGGCGGAAGCUGAGCGGCUGGGCAUGGGCUUCGGAAGCUGCAGAGGUGGCAUCUCCCACUCAGUGACCUCAGACAUGCAGACCAUCGAGCAGGAGUCACCCACACUGGCAAAGCCAAGGAGGAAGUACCAGGAGGACCCAGAGGACUCGUACUUCAGCUCCAGCUCCAAGUGGUCUGAGCAGAGCAGCAGCAGGUACUUUGACGACCCCAUGGAGCUAAGAAGCAGCCCCUUUUCUAGCUGGGAUGACCGUGCCGACUCCUACUGGAAGAAAGACAGCAGCAGAGACCCUGAGCCUGCCACGAAAAGCACCGGCUCUUCAGACAGGCCCAGUUCUCGCCGGAAGCCAGAAUACGAGCCCGUUGGCAGUACAGAUGAAGCCCAGAAGAAGUUUGGCAACGUCAAGGCCAUUUCCUCGGACAUGUACUUUGGCAUACAAUCCCAGACAGAUUUUGAAACCCGGGCACGGCUGGAGAGGCUCUCCACCAGCUCCUCCAUUAGCUCUGCAGAUCUCUUCGAUGAGCAGAGGAAGCAGACCACAGGAAACUACAACCUCUCGAACGUGCUGCCCAACGCCCCAGACAUGGCACAGUUCAAGCAAGGUGUGCGCUCCGUUGCUGGAAAACUUUCCGUCUUUGCCAAUGGGGUCAUGACAUCCAUUCAGGAUCGCUACGGCUCGUAAUCCUGGUGCCAGGCUGUGUCCAACCUGGUAAAACUCCUCUUCAAAUGGACGGGAGACCACAUCUGGCUGUGCGGAAACCCCAGCUGCUUUGCGGGCCGGCUCUACACAUGUGCGGGCAAGGCACCUGCACAUUUCUGAGUUUGCGUGCUUCCUUUGAGACAUCUCGUUUCUGUGUAGUGGGGCUUUGCUUUCAUCUCUGGUUUAGGUUCGCUCCUUUGCUUUACCCUUGGGCGGCUUUAGUUCUAAGAACUGGAAGCCUGGCUUCUGGCUCCUCCCACCUCAGACUGGGAGUCACCGUCACUGUCACCGGGGCUCGUGAGUAUCCGUGGACUGUGGGCUCAGGGCUGCCAGUACCAGCUGGUGCUGGAUGGGCUAGGGAAAUAAAGCCACAACCGUGCUUCUCCCUGCAGAGGAGCAAAACAACAAGCAAAACAAAACAAACAGGACCAGAAGUGCCCAGCCCCUUGCUGACAGACUGCUUCGUGUGUGUGUCCCCACACAACAAGCUUUCAGGCAACACACACGUAAAGCCAUCUGUCACUCUGUAAAUUAUUUUGUACAUUCUCUACUCUUAAGUGUUUCCCAGUCAGUUCCUUUAACAAACAUGAGCUUCCAUGAUGCCAAAGGAGUUCACUGCCACCUGGGAACAGUAGGGUGUCGCCCUGUGAGAGGGUGAACGAGGCCAGCUGAGGGCUCCCAAGUGCACUUAGACAUCAGCAGUUCCAGGAGCACAGGCUGAGAAGGACGGCCCUGUGGCAUCAGAACGAGGCUCAGACCCGGGGAGAGGGUGAUUAUAAUUGGGUGGUUUUGUUAAUAUUUUUUUAUCUUGACCUUGAUGUUCCAAAAGUUACAGGAUAGAUGUAAAUCGAUAAACUAAUUUGGCUGUGUUUUAGACAGCACCAGAAUAUAUUCAACGCAGUAAAAUAUAUUUGAAAUUUGAUGAACCAAAAAUGUGAUUUCAGAUGACUAUUUUGUGACUCUUUCUUCAAAGGUCUGAUUUGUAGACUUCUAAAUACAGCGCACAGCACAGCA